AUGGCGAUUUGGCUACUGCUGCUUUUGUCCAUUUGGCUGGCGCCUGGAGGAACCCACUCUGCUCAGUCUAAUGAGAGGAGGGUCGUGGCCCACAUCCCCGGUGACAUCAUCAUCGGAGCUCUGUUUUCGGUUCAUCAUCAACCACCUGCUGACAAGGUACACGAGCGUAAGUGUGGCGCUGUCCGGGAACAGUACGGCAUCCAGCGCGUGGAGGCAAUGAUGCACACUUUGGACCGGAUCAACGCCGACCAGCAGAUCCUCCCCAACAUCUCUCUGGGCUGCGAGAUCCGAGACUCCUGCUGGCAUUCGGCCGUGGCCCUGGAGCAGAGCAUCGAGUUCAUCCGGGAUUCGCUGGUGGCGUCGGACGAGGCAGAGGAGUGGGGCGGCAGCAACUGGGGCGGAGGAGGCGGAGGGACCAUGAAGUGCUCGGACCCCUCAGCGACUCCCAUGAGAGGAAAGAAGCCCAUCGUGGGACUGAUCGGGCCUGGUUCGAGCUCUGUGGCCAUCCAAGUCCAGAACCUGCUCCAGCUCUUCAACAUACCACAGAUCGCUUACUCAGCCACCAGUAUGGAUCUCAGUGACAAGAGCCUUUACAAGUACUUCAUGAGAGUUGUGCCUUCGGAUAUGCAGCAAGCAAGAGCCAUGGUGGACAUCGUAAAGAGAUAUAACUGGAGUUAUGUGUCCGCCAUAAACACAGAAGGUAAUUAUGGUGAAAGUGGAAUGGAGGCAUUCAAAGACAUGGCUGCUAAGGAGGGGAUCUGCAUUGCCCACUCUGGCAAAAUAUGGAGCAACGCCGGAGAACAGAGCUUUGACCGCCUGUUGGAGCGGCUGAGGGCACAUCUGCCUAAGGCCAGAGUAGUGGCUUGUUUCUGCGAGGGCAUGACUAUCCGCAACAUCCUCAUGGCCAUGAGGCGCCAGGGCUCAGUGGGGGAGUUCCUUCUCAUUGGGAGCAUUGUCUGGCUGUAA